AACAAAUAUUUUUAUAUUUGGUUAACAUGGCUUCUUAUUAUAAGGUUUGCUAAUGUUAAUGUUAAUUUCUUACUAUUGUCCAUUUUACUUUUUGAAUCUCUUACAGUGCCUGUUCCAACCAAUGUUAUAAUUGAGGCCUACCACUUUGAUACAGUCCUAUCUUGGAAUUACCCAGUCAUGCCGCAGAAGCCUGUUUUUACUGCGCAGGUGAAGAACUAUGGGAAAGAAUGGGUUGAUGCCUGCAAUACCUCUAAUCAUCACUGUAAUAUCUUUGACAUGAUUAAUAUGCCAAACGAUCCUAUCUGGGCAAGAGUUAAAGCUAGACUUGGACAAAAAGAAUCAGCCUAUGCAGAGUCGGAAGAAUUUAAUUUGUGCCGCAAAGGGAAAUUUGGACCACCUAAACUGGGUAUCAGACAUAAGGAAGACAGAAUCAUUAUUGAUGUAUUUCAUCCUUUAAUUAUUGUAAAGGAAGAAGUGCGGGGAACCAUGUAUCAUGUUAGUGACUGUUACACAUUCACGUACAAGGUGUAUGUGAGAAUAAAUGGAAGUCUGAUGAUAGAAACAAAGAAUGUACAGAAUGAAGAUGAUUGCAAUGAGACUCAGUGCCACUUCAGUAUCCCAGUGCCCUCACUGAAUUCUGAGUACUGCAUUGCAGCAGAAGGAGUCACAGAUGCAUGGUCUGUUACAACAGAAAGGUCCAAAGAACUUUGUAUUAACAUUUCUGAUCAUAAGAGCACAGAAGAUCCUGUUUGGAUUCCGAUUAUUGCUGCUCUCCUCCUCUUUGUAGUCAUUCUGGUGCUCGUAUGUUAUGUCAUUAAGAAGAUAAAUCCAUUUAAGAGAGAAAGCAUCAUGUUACCCAAGUCCUUGGUGUCUGUGGUAAAAAGUGCCUCUUCAGAGGUAAAAUCUGAAUCAAAAUAUGUAUCACCCAUCACCUAUGAACCAAUUGUCCUUGAGAAUGAGAAGGUGAUCUGGGAAGAGCAGCCAUCUCCAGCAACAGUUUCAAGUAUGCAGACUGAGGACCAUCCAGGAAAAGUAGAACCUAGAGAAGAUCUUUGUAGUGAAACAGAAGUGGGAGACACUGAAGAAAAUAUUCCUGACAUUGCCCCUGGUAGCCCUCUGACCCCAGUAAAGAGAGGGGAUUUUGUCCAUUCAGGUAGUAACCAGUCUGAACCCUGCAGCGUCGCUUUAAACUCUUAUCACUUGGGAAAUGGUUCUGAUAGUGGCCUUGUGGAAUCAGACAGUUUAUCUGACUCAGAAUUUCCUCCAAGCAGCAAAACUGAAAUAAAGACAGGAGAACCAGAGCCCAUAAUGCUGAGAAACACUACCACCUCCUUUGGUUACGAUAAGCCCCACGUGCUAGUGGACCUGCUUGUGGAUGAAGGUGGUAAAGAGUCCUUGAUUGGCUACAGAGUCACAGAAGCUUCCAGUGAGUUUUCAUAAGAUCAACCAAGAUGCACCAGCUUGGAAGGAUCUGCUUGUCCUGAACAGUUUUUCUGCUUUGAUUUCAUGAAAAGAUCAUGAUUUCAGAAAUCGUAUCUUUAUAUUAACCAAAUGGAGUACCUUGGUUUAGAUAAAAGUGUAAGUCUGUUUGGUACUGUCACAUUAGGUCUCAAAGCUGCAAAGACUGAAAACACACCAUUAUGAACUUUUCCAUAUCGAUAGGUUAUGAGUAACAGUUAAUACUCUCUAAUAAGCCUGCUUUCUAUGUCAGUAA